CUGGCGAAACAUCAAAAAUUCUACUUUCUUUUACUAGAUUAUAUGAAUAAGUCAAUUUGACUAACGUCUCCUAUACUAUAAACAACGUCCACGCGUUUACUGAAAUAUAAUGGUAGAUUAUUUGUAAUGAUAACGAUAAACAACAAAACAGCUAUCCAAACUGGGAUUCGAACCCAGGCCUACUGCUACUUAGUAACAGCCGUCCUUCCGCUAGACUAUUUGGAUGCACAACUGUUGUAUGUUGCUACAAUCACCAUUACGAUUUAGAGUUUUAGACUUGCAUUUUUUCUGUAAAAUGUCUGUCAAAAGGUUAGAGACUGUAAUAAAGAUAAAUGUUUUAAUGAUGUAUAACAGUGUAAAUUUCAUUACUUCAGAGGUACAAAACCCAAAGCCUAUGCCACUGCUGACGCCCAGAGAGAUCCUGUACAUCUGUACAAGCUGUACAGCCAGAAACGACCGGACGAAAUGUGCAAACCUGACAGCCCAUUCUUCCUUACACCAAAUGAUAAACCACAGAGAUGCUGGUUCAAAAAAACCCCACUUGGAAUAAAUAAACUUUACAACAUUAUGAGAGACAUGAAGGCUGAAGCAGGAAUUGAAAAUCCCAGAAUAACGCCUUACAGCUCCAGAAAACAUCUGGUUCAAACUCUAAACGAUGCUGGGGUCCCUGCCAACCAAAUCAUGCAAAUUUCUGGUCACAAGAAUGUGAAUUCUAUAAACAACUACAGUAAAAUCAACAACGACCAGUCGAGAAAUAUUUCUAAAAUACUGUCGAAUCAGAGAAAUGAAACCAACCUUCAAACUCAAGGAAGUGGUGCUGCCAGUGCUCCGGAGCCAUGGACUGGGCCUUUCGGAUCCAAUCGCUCUCGCAGUCUUUUGCAAGCAGCACUUUCCACGGACCUGUGACUUUCAAUUUCCACAGUACAUCUGUAUCGGAAACACUGUCACAAAUGUCCACAGUUAACGUAGGCCGAAGUAAUGCAACUGCUGAAGAGUCCGUUUCCAACAUGCUCGAUUCGCCAGUUGCCACUGCCAGACCAUUCAAACGAAUAAGAAUGAUUCCAGAAAGUGACAGUGACUAACUGUAACACUCACGACACGAGAGUUUACAUAUAAGUCCAUUUAAAAUCCCACUGUUACACUGUUCGUAUUGUUUCUCCAGUUAUUUGUUCUAACUGUUUACCGAUUGACUGAAGUAAAACAAAAUGGCGGACUCGAAUUUUGACAAGCGCAAGUGCGCGUAUCUGCGCGUAUGAAUUUCACACAUUGUUUGUUUAAAUAUAUCUGAAGUUACAUGAAUAAAAUUUUUGAAGUACCAAAUAUAUUAUUUAUAUCCCUUACAAAUAAAUUAAUCUCCUUUCUUCUGUUAGACAAAACACAACCUGGACCAAAUUUGUAGAACUAUUUGGGACGCAUAACACAGCGCUGACAGUCGUAAACAGUGGGGCUCCCUGCGGGGGAAUUUUUAAAAAGUAAAACGAUUUUAUAAAAGAAACCACUGAAUAAGCAUGAAAUAAACAGAAAAUUUGUUUGUUUCGGUGAAAGAUCGAAAUUUAUUUCAUCUCGUGAACAUCACAUGUUAAUAUUUUCACUCGUGGCUUCGCCACUCGUGAAAAUAUUCAUGUGAUGUUCACUCGAUGAAAUAAAUUUUCGAUCUUACACCGA